AUGGGAUUGAAGGCAGAUCAAGGUACAUUACAUACUAUGGGAGAUAAAAUGGAUGACAAAAUACAAGAAGAAUUUGAGAAGAUGGAGAGUGAAUUUAAGAAACAAAUGGACGAAAGAAUGUCAAAAUUGCAGCUGGAAAAGGAUGAUGCCAUGUUCAAAAUGAAAUUGAAAGUUAACUUCAAAGAAAUACUUACCACAAUAAAUAGCAAGGAAUUAGCAGAAUAUCUACCAUUAGCUGAUUCCGAUAAAAAAGUAAUUAAUUCAUGUCUAGGACGGAUUAAAGCAAAUAAAGAAUUGAUGGAAAUUAUUCGUUAUCGUGGACUUGAUACCUACAAGGAGUUUAUGCAUGUGCUUCGCCAACACCAUUUAAACCUUGCAAAUAAGAUUGACGACACAAAAGACAGUGAAUAUCAAGAAGAACUUGAAGAAGAAUUAGAAAAAAUAUACAAUGAAAAGAUACCUGAAAGCGUGAGAAAGUUUCAUGACAGUAUAACUCAGGAGUGGAAAGUGAAUGAGAAUAUGAUAAUUGAAACAAAAGUAUCAAUGGAUGCGUUUAAGCGUUUAGAAAAAGAGAAUUGCAUUUGUCUUGUAGGUCGUCCUGGAAGUGGGAAGUCAUCAAUAAUUCGUCACGUUGCAUUAAAGUUUGUUGAGGAUUACGCAGUUGAAGACUUUGAUAUUAUUCCCAUAGUAAUAGAACCAUCAACUUUGUUACAAUAUUAUAACGAGAAGCGAAAUCAGAUUUUUUUAUUAGAUGACUUUUGUGGGAAAGACAAAGUAAAUAAUCAAAUCCUAGAUGUAUGGAAAUUGCAUAUUGAAAAUAUUUUAAAGAUCAUAAAUCAAAAUGAGUGCUUUGCGCACGAAACACAAAAGGCUAGAACAAAAAGAACAAAGAUUCUGGUUUCUUGUAACACAAGCGUUUAUGACAGCAAUAAGUUUGAACCAUUGAAAAAUCAUCUUGAUGCGUACGUCUUUAAGCUAUUUGAAUUUUCUUUGACACCCGAGGAGAGAGAAACAAUGAUCGAGAAAUACGCUCCAAACGUAGAAGGAAAAGAUUAUAGGCAAGAAGAAAAAUCUUCGAACAAAUUCGAUUUCCCACUUCUUUGCAAGUUGUCAAAAGGAAAAAGUAUUGACGAAAUUAAUGAACUCUUUUCUGAUCCAAUCAAAAGUAUCAAAGAUGACUUAAAAAAAGUUCAGAAAGGCGACAGAUUUCAGUUUUGUGCUAUAGCUAUAUGUACUUUAUGCAAUAACAAACUUGAAACUAAAUGGCUUAACCUUAACUGUGAGACUAACGAUAAUCGCAUUAAGAGAGCCGUUGCUGAAAUGUGUUUAGAAUUCAACAUAGAUCUAAAUAUUCCUAAUGACUUCAAGAGUAUUCAAGAUCAGUUCGAUAAGCAAAUGGAUUGGCUAAGUAAGUCUGGUGACACUUAUCAUCAUAUCCAUGACGAAAUAUUCCAUAUUGCGUCAAUAUUAUGUGGAAAGACAUAUCAACGAUGCUUUAUAAAUCAUGCACCAAGCUCUUUUAUAGCCAAUAGAUUCAAUUUUCAAGACCACUGUGAAGGCUUGAUAACUCUGAAAAUUAAAUACCAAAAACUGUAUUUUGAUCGAUUAUUUAGAGACUUAGAAAAUGGGUUUAAUUAUAGCACAUUUCAAAACAUUCAGCUCAAAAACGAGAAUUACAGAAAAGCGUUUAUCGAAUAUUGCUGGAACAGGGAGUUCAAAUUUAAAGAAAUCCUUGAGAACCUUAAGCAAAACUCUGUCAAAAUGAACAUCAAAAGUAAAACCGUCAAGGACAAACCUCCACUUCGUCGAAAAGACACUGGCUUAAAUUUGUUGGAUUUAAAAGCGCCGUUGAUUGAUUGUUCCUGUCAAGGUUUUGAUGACAUGGUUCAUCUUUUACUGCAGAUGAAUUAUGACGUGAAUGAACAAGAUUCCUUUGGAAGAUCCGCAUUAUUUGUUGCGUCUGCAAAAGGUCACAUUGAAGUUGUUAAAAGGUUGGUAGAACAUGAACCCAAAACCAAUAAAGACAAUAUCGAAAAUGAAGUGGAUAAACAAAUUAAAGUCAAUAUCAACAUAUGCGACAAUAAGAAAAGAACUCCAUUACACGUAGCAUGUGCAGAAAGGAAAACCUCCGUAGUCAAAUAUUUAAUUCAGAAAGACGCUGAUAUUUUUGCAGUUGAUGAAGAUGGAUAUUCUCCUCUUCAUAUGGCUUGUGUGUCGGGAGACAAAGAUAUUGUUGAACAUCUGUUAACAAUAUACAUAGGAAAACGGAAGGAAACAGAACUAGAAAAAAAAGACAAUCUCGGAAAAACACCUAUUAUUCUGGCUGCGUCAAAGGGUGAAAAUGAAAUAGUUGAAUUAUUGCUGCUUUACAAGUCAAAUAUCAGUGCAACCGACAAAAGAGGACUCACCGCACUUCUGGAUGCGAGUUUGAAUGGAUUUUCAAGAACGGCGAAAGUUCUCAUCGAAAAAAAUGCAAAUAUUUACCAUGUAGAUAAUGAUGGACGCACUGCUUUAUUCAUUGCCUGUGAGAAAGGAUAUCCCAAAAUAGUAGAAAUGUUAGUUAAAAUAAAUCAGGAUAUUAUUGCUAUGUGUGAUUGGCAUAAAAAAUCUCCAUUUUAUAUAGCAUGCGCCAAAGGGCGAUUAACAAUCGCAAACAUGUUAUUUGAGUGCGGCGCUGAUAUCAAUUUGUUGGAUGAAGACGAAAAAUCACCAAUAUAUGCUGCUUGCCAGAGAGGACAUGAGAAAAUCGUACAAUUUCUGUUAGAGAAAGGUGCUAAAAUUGAUACAUCCGACAGUCAUGACAACUUGCCCCUACACAUCGCCUGUAAGGGUGGAUAUUUAAAUAUAGUGCAAUUGUUAUCACAAAACCAUACACAUUAUAUUACCGUUCCAAACCAAUGGAACGAGAAAGCAAUAGAUGUAGCACAAAAACAGGGUCAUAAGGACAUCGUAUGUUAUUUGAAUGAACAGGAAAUCAAACUUAAUAGCGCAAACACGGAAACAACAAGUGUUGUGACAAAUAAUUCAUAA